AUGAAAUCCCUUGCUCUCCUCCUAUUUGCCACAUUCUAUGCUUCCGCCGUCUCCGCGGACGCCCUUGACGAUGCCAUCGCCCUAUUCAAGCGCCAGAGUGUUCAACUGUCAACCGGUGGCACUGACACGACCAGUCCAACUUCGACAGCCACCAGUUCUGACGACGACGACGAUGACGACGACGACAAUACUACCACCGUCGUAACCUCACCUUCAGCUUCCCUCCCCCCGGUUGUCACCGAAUCUUCUACAAUUACCCAAUCUCCAACCGAAUCUGCCUCAGUCACGGUAAUCGUGAGCACUUCUACUCAGACACCUAGCAGUUCCUCAGAAGAACCCACAUCAACAGAAGCUCCCACCUCCACGGUGAGCACCAACACGGUCACGCCAUCUCGAACGUUGGUCACCACCAGUGCCACACAAGAAGUCGUUACGACGAUCACCAGUGUCAGCGCUGGAAGCACAUGGCACAUUACCAGCACAAGCAAUAGCGUGGUUCCCAUCACCACAAGUGUCGAUCCAGCGUCUCUGACCGACGGAGACGGCAGCGGCGGCAGCUCUGGACUCAGUGACACGGCCAAGAAGACUAUUGGUGGUGUUGUCGGUGGUGUUGGCGGAGCUUUACUUCUCGCUGGAUUGGCCUAUACUGCCUGGCGUAUCUGGGGCAAGAAGAAGAAUCUUCAUGACGAUGAUCUGUACGAUCCCAACCUCAACCAAGACAAAUUGAGUGCAACAACCGGAUCCGAUAGCACCCCAUUCCGUUCGACUCUGGAUCAAUAUCAUUCUCCUGGUCCCGUCAACACUGCAUCCAACUUUUAA